UAAGGGAAGAUGGAGUGAUGUGUCUAGUAGGCGAUUCAGUUUAUUAUGGUGUUUAUUGUUUUAGGGAAGAUGGAGUGAUGUGUCAGGAAAGGGUUGGGGAAGAUGGAGUGAUGUGUCUAGUAGGCGAUUCAGUUUAUUAUGGUGUUUAUUGUUUUAGGGAAGAUGGAGUGAUGUGUCUAGAAAGGGUUGGGGAAGAUGGAGUGAUGUGUCUGGUAGAAGAUUCUGUUUAUUAUGGUGUUUAUUGUUUUAGGGAAGAUGGAGUGAUGUGUCAGGAAAGGGUUGGGGAAGAUGGAGUGAUGUGUCUAGUAGGCGAUUCAGUUUAUUAUGGUGUUUAUUGUUUUAGGGAAGAUGGAGUGAUGUGUCUGGAAAGGGUUGGGGAAGAUGGAGUGAUGUGUCUGGUAGAAGAUUCAGUUUAUUAUGGUGUUUAUUGUUUUAGGGAAGAUGGAGUGAUGUGUCUGGUAGAAGAUUCUGUUUAUUAUGGUGUUUAUUGUUUUAGGGAAGAUGGAGUGAUGUGUCUGGUAGAAGAUUCUGUUUAUUGUGGUGUUUAUUGUUUAAGGGAAAAUGGAGUGAUGUGUCUGGUAGGCGAUUCAGUUUAUUAUGGUGUUUAUUGUUUUAGGGAAGAUGGAGUGAUGUGUCUACAAAGGGUUGGGGAAGAUGGAGUGAUGUGUCUGGUAGGCGAUUCAGUUUAUUAUGGUGUUUAUUGUUUAAGGGAAGAUGGAGUGAUGUGUCUGGUAGAAGAUUCUGUUUAAUAUGGUGUUUAUUGUUUUAGGGAAGAUGGAGUUAUGUGUCUGGAAAGGGUUGGGGAAGAUGGAGUGAUGUGUCUGGUAGAAGAUUCUGUUUAUUAUGGUGUUUAUUGUUUUAGGGAAGAUGGAGUUAUGUGUCUGGUAGAAGAUUCUGUUUAAUAUGGUGUUUAUUGUUUUAGGGAAGAUGGAGUUAUGUGUCUGGAAAGGGUUGGGGAAGAUGGAGUGAUGUGUCUGGUAGAAGAUUCUGUUUAUUAUGGUGUUUAUUGUUUUAGGGAAGAUGGAGUGAUGUGUCUGGUAGAAGAUUCUGUUUAAUAUGGUGUUUAUUGUUUUAGGGAAGAUGGAGUUAUGUGUCUGGAAAGGGUUGGGGAAGAUGGAGUGAUGUGUCUGGUAGAAGAUUCUGUUUAUUAUGGUGUUUAUUGUUUUAGGGAAGAUGGAGUUAUGUGUCUGGUAGAAGAUUCUGUUUAAUAUGGUGUUUAUUGUUUUAGGGAAGAUGGAGUUAUGUGUCUGGAAAGGGUUGGGGAAGAUGGAGUGAUGUGUCUGGUAGGCGAUUCAGUUUAUUAUGGUGUUUAUUGUUUUAGGGAAGAUGUAGUGAUGUGUCUGGUAGGCGGUUCAGUUUAUUAUGGUGUUUAUUGUUUUAGGGAAGAUGGAGUGAAGUGUCUGGUAGAAGAUUCUGUUUAAUAUGGUGUUUAUUGUUUUAGGGAAGAUGGAGUUAUGUGUCUGGAAAGGGUUGGGGAAGAUGGAGUGAUGUGUCUGGUAGAAGAUUCUGUUUAAUAUGGUGUUUAUUGUUUUAGGGAAGAUGGAGUGAUGUGUCUGGUAGAAGAUUCUGUUUAUUGUGGUGUUUAUUGUUUAAGGGAAGAUGGAGUGAUGUGUCUGGUAGAAGAUUCUGUUUAUUAUGGUGUUUAUUGUUUUAGGGAAGAUGGAGUGAUGUGUCUGGUAGAAGAUUCAGUUUAUUAUGGUGUUUAUUGUUUUAGGGAAGAUGGAGUGAUGUGUCUGGUAGAAAAUUCUGUUUAAUAUGGUGUUUAUUGUUUUAGGGAAGAUGGAGUUAUGUGUCUGGAAAGGGUUGGGGAAGAUGGAGUGAUGUGUCUGGUAGAAGAUUCUGUUUAAUAUGGUGUUUAUUGUUUUAGGGAAGAUGGAGUGAUGUGUCUGGUAGAAGAUUCUGUUUAUUAUGGUGUUUGUUGUUGACAGCUACUGGUUAUAUAACACUGGCAAUAGCUAGCACUUUAACUUUUGUCAUGUUAGCAAGAAUCCUGAAUGGAUUAUUUAAGCAUAGUCAAAGUUUAACCAAAUCGCUGUUAGCAGAUCUAACAUCUAAAGAAGAGCAGUCAGCUGUAUUGGGGACAUUCAAUGCUGCUUCCAGUUUUGGGUUUAUUGUUGGACCAUUGAUUGGGGGACAUGUAGCGGAAACUUCAAAUGGAUUCCAGAAAGUUGGAUUAAUCAGUGCUUUCGUUUUUAUAGCAAAUAGUGUGUUGAUAUAUAUUUGUGUAGAAGAUCACAAGAAGACCAGUUCUAAAGACGACAAAUUGAAACCUGAAUCAGAAACAUCAAGGAAGAAAGUUUCAUCUUUGGAAAACAACUUCAGUCCAAAAAUAUUCCUAGAGACAUUUCAUUCAGUUAACUGGAGUAAGCUGUGGGAUCUGUUUUUAAUCAAAUUCUGUAUGGGAUUUUCAAUUUUAUUAUUUAGAAGUAACUUUUCGCUAGUAAUGAGAGAAGCUUUUCAAGUUACUCCAAAAACAAUCGGAUACCUGAUGUCUUAUUCUGGAUGUGUAUCAGCUUUUUUUGGCUUAUUGGUAGGGUAUAUUGCCAAAUUAUAUAAUAAUGAUGCCAAAUUGUUUAUGCAUAUGGCAAUAUUUCAGGUUGUUACUUUAUUCAUGUUGUCAAUCAUCCAUGAGACAUUUUGGUUGUAUGUGUUGUUUCUGACACCUCUCAGUUUAAUAACGACUGUUUCAAGGGUUGCAGGAACAAGUUUGACUAUACAGCGAGGAGAGAGGAAAGAAAUUGGGACAUUGUUGGGUUUUAGUCAAAGUGUGAUGUCCAUAGCCAGAAUGUUAGGACCAUUUAUUUCAGGACUAGUAUUAGAUAUAAACAAAUCUGGACCUGCUUUUAUAGGUGGUGUUGUGACAUUAAUUGCUGUUUUCAUAAUGAUUGUUCGUCCACAAGGUAUUGUAGAAAAAAGCACAAAAAUUGUAAAACCUGAAAAAUUAGACUAAAAUUCAUCUCUCAGAAUAUGAUAUGUUGAUUUUUCUUCCCCUGUUAUCAUUCGUUUUUUUUUUUUAGAAAUUCAAAUGCAAUAUUUACAAUUAUUAUACCUUACAUAUAUUUCAAACAAUUCUAUUGGGUAAAACGUUAUCACGUGACAUGGAAUAAUUCAGUUAAUUUUCAUUCAAUUGCAAGGAAGAACGAAUAACCCUAAAAAUGUACACCAGCGUUGAAUAACCCUAUUAUUCACCGGCGAAUAACCUUUUUAGUCUGUUGAUUUGUACUCAUGAAAAUGACGUCACAGACGUAAAUAAACAAAAUGGCAACGUUCAAGUUACAGGAAGCCCAUUGAUCGAGAGAAGAGGAAAUAAGGCUUUUGACGUGCAUCUUGUGCCGAUGAUAUCUCUAAUAACGGUCCUUUUCAGAGCCAUCAAUAUUUUACAAAAAGAAUCUACCUUUGUUGUACAUACGAGAAUUCUAAGACACAAAUUACAUGUAUUUUUGAACGUCAACUUGUGUUUGUUACUGACUCAAGUAAGGGUAAGUGCUUUUACACUGUUAGUUCGGUAUAAUAAAACAAUUGUGGCCCCUUAGAAGCGAUGAAUAUCCAAAAUUGUCAACCCUUAAAAGUUAUUUCACUUCGGGCUGCGCCCUCAGUGAAAUAACCUUCUCGUGUUGACAAUUUUGGAUAUUCACCUUUUCAACGGGCCAUAAUUGUAUAUUGUUAUAUAUCACUGUGUUUAAGGAUGUUCGCUACUCUUGUUUUUGACUUUUUGUUAGAUAUUCAGAAUCCUCUAGUUUUAUCCAUGUAGUGCCAAUAAAGAAUUUGCCCAAUAACCUCCACUUUUCUUUUCAUAAUUUUAUUACAUAUACUUUAAAACACCAUUUUUGAAAAUCUUAUAUAAUCCUUAUUAUUUUUUCAUAGUUUUUGAAAGAAAAAAAGGUGCCAAUGUUAAAUGUAUGAAAAAUCUAGAAAGAAUAAAAAGCAUAUUAUUUUAAAACAGAGGAGUAAAACAUCCUUAACUCAGUCGUAAUGUGCAAUGCAGUGAAGAUCUAAGGUUAAUUAUUGUAAAUAAAAUCUUGACACAAAGAAUUCAAUUUUGCAAUCUGAUUAGAAUUAUAUCUUUUUGAUUUGCUCCAUUUUAUUUGUUUAAUGCUCAUGUAAGAUAUGAGGACAGCCCAUUAGGGUCAUGUUCAGUGACAUUUUAGCAUUCAAUAAAAUCUUUCCUUUCAAAAGAUUCUUUACUUUUACAAUCAUGAUUAAGAGAUAAUUUUACUUGUUUCAUUGUUUGCAGGUUUUCAAAGUAUUGAUAUUUUAUAAGAUAUUCAAAUUUUGACAAAAUUGUUUCUGCUGUAAAGGAUACUCAAAAUUACACACAGAUAAAAAAAUUGACCAAAAAUGUUUUUAAAAAUGGCCUUAUUUUGAGAUCUUGUUAUUGAUAUUUAGAUAUGAGCUACUUGCCUCUCACAAAGGUGUUGAUGUUGUUAAGAAUAUCUUUUUGGGUGGUUAUAAGAUGUGGACUAUUUUUUGAUUUUGCCAAAAUCUUUAUUAGGAAAAAUAUGUCAAUUUUGACUUUUGUAUGUAGUGACAGCAUAAUUUCAAUUUCUAUUCUGGAUUUUUAUCGACCUUUUCAUAUACCAAAAUAAUCAACAUGAUUUUGAAAGAAGUGAAAAAUUUAAUAUUUUUGCACUUUUAGGGAUCAAAUAAUGACUUUUAUCAUGCCUCAUUUCUGUAUCAACUAUGCAUACAUUGUCAAAAGCAAUUCCAAAAUAUUUAUAGAAUUCUGCCGCAUAAUGUCCCUAUAUAAGUUUUUAUUAAUUUUACACCAUAACAUAAGAUUAAACAGUUUUUUGUUUCAUAUAAUAAUAAACUUAAACCUUCUUCAAAGUCAUCUCAGUUCAAAUACAUAUAAAAAAUCCCAUUUGAGAAAGAAGAAUUUGUUCGUUUUGAAAACAGGUGUUCAUGCAGGUUUAAGAUAUUAUUCAUGUUGGAAUAAAAGGACAUUGGAACCAGUCUGGUUCUAACAGGUAUGUUGUCAAGGAUCAUUUUAAAUAGGUUUCACUAUAAUUAACAAUGACUGAAUAAGCAUUCUUCCAUCAAUGUAUACUUUAAUAAUGGCAGUUCAUUAACAACAAUGUUGUUUUGGAGUUAUUUAAAGACAAUCCCUUUGCUACAUGAAAUAGAUUUUUAUUCCAACAGCAUUGUGACAGUGAUAAUAUGUUACUCUUGGCAACAUCCCUAUCCCUGCUGCUGUAUUAUAUGUCCUUUUAUGUACACUAAAAGUUAUUUUAAGCUGAUUGGGAUGAAAAAAAACAGAAGAUGUCUUUUGUUCAUUUACUUUUUUAAGUUGCUGUCAAUGUACGUUUUUGUUAAUUUAAUUUUUUUGUUAAAUUGCUGUCUUAGUGUUUUUUGUCUAGCCUGCGAUGAAAGUCGCAGAAUGCGAAACCUUGGUAUUACAAUCCGGCGGCGGUGGCAACUGUGUAAACUAUUUGUAUAAUGCUUAUAUAAUAUAUAUUUCAGAAGAUAGAAGACCUGGAUGCUUCAUACCUUGUAUGCAGUUACCUUAUACUACUAAGUUUCUGUCUGUCUUAUGUCCAUUAUCCUUGACCUCAUUUUCAUGGUUGUUACUGCUGUUUUUUUGAAAAGUGAAAUAUUCUCUUAUUAUAAGUAGUAUGAUAACUAUAUUUGGUAUAUGGGUUCCUUGCAAGGUCUACAUGUUCGUCAGUAAGGGUUCACCUGACCUGAACCUCAUUUCAUGGAUCAGUGAUCAAAGUUAAAGUUACAUGGUCAAGUCUAUAUCUCUGAUACUAUAAGCAGUAAGUCAACUAUAUUUGGUGUAUGGAAUGAUUUUAAGUUGUACAUUUCAAAAUUACUGACCUUGACCUCAGUUUCAUGGCUCAUUGGACAAUGUUAGUUUUUGUGAGUUUUGUUUAUUUCUCAGAUACUAUAAGCAAUAGGGUCACUAUAUUUGGUGUAUGGAAUGAUUGUAAGGUGCACAUGUUGGACUGGCAGGUUUCAUCUGACCUUGGCCUCAUUUUCAUGGUUCAUAGGACAAUGUUUAGUUUUUGUGGUUUGGUCUAUGUCUCAGAUAAUGUAAUCAAUAGGUUAAGUAUAUUUGGUGUUUGAAAUAACUGUAAAAAAGUGGUGAAAGAUACCAAAGGGACAUUCAAACUCAUAAAUCGAAAAUAAACUGACAACACCAUGGCUAAAAAAGAAAAAGACAAACAGAC